AUUCUGUACAAGAACAUACCCUUGCAUAGUUUCCUGACAGGACUCCCGUCUGCCUUACACUUGGGACCCGGGAGCUACUUCGGUUGAGAAAUGGGCACCACGAUCAGAAGCCGAUGGGUCCUGGACGCAGAGCCUUUACUUCUGAUGGGCUCUGCCCUGUGCCAGCCUCUCCUGCCUUUUGUGUGGUUCUGUGCCAGGGUUUUGAGCUGUAUUUGGAGCCUUUGUUUAAAUUUUCCCAAGGGACAUCAAAAGCAAGUAUUGCAGCCCUCAGGGGGACACAGAGCCUCUCUUCAGCAUGGGGCUUGUGCAAAAAGGCAAGGAAAAGUCCAGUUAAUUCCAGAGUCGAUUGAACAGGAGAAACAGAAGACUGGAAGUAGGAGAUGCACUGAGGAAUCCUUCACCCUUUUGAGCGUCUCCCUCCUGCUCAGACAUACACCUCUUGUUAAUCCAGUCACCGUCCAAGCCUUGCCUCCUCUUUUUGGGACCUGUCAUCCUGACAAGACCCUUGUCCUGGAACUCUUUCCCUUGUGCCAGUUCAUCCCACCCAGGGGACCUGGUCAGGACCGCUUGGUCUUAGAUGUCCCUCGUGCCACUAAGCGAGAUGGCUCUUGCCAGAAGAUGUGCUCAGCCAGACUCAUCUUUCAUACACACCUCAGUCAUUCUUCCUUGUUCUCAGCUGUGUGUCUGCUUAAACUUUGGAACAAAUAUCGAAUUUCCAACAUUCCAUCACUAAUAUUCCUAGACGCCACCACCGGGAAGGUCGUGUGCAGGAAUGGGCUGCUGGUGAUCCGUGAUGACCCAGAAGGUUUGGAAUUCCCUUGGGGACCUAAACCCUUCAGGGAAGUCAUUGCAGGGCCCUUGCUUAGAAAUAACGGGCAGUCCCUGGAGAGCAGCAGCCUGGAGGGGUCUCACAUGGGAGUCUAUUUCUCCGCACACUGGUGUCCACCCUGCCGAAGCCUCACGCGGGUCCUGGUGGAAUCCUACCGGAAGAUCAAGGAGGCAGGCCAGAAAUUUGAGAUCAUCUUUGUUAGUGCAGACAGGUCAGAGGACUCAUUCAAGCAGUACUUUAGUGAGAUGCCCUGGCUCGCUGUCCCCUACACCGACGAGGCCCGGCGGUCGCGUCUCAACCGGCUGUAUGGAAUCCAAGGCAUCCCCACCCUCAUCGUGCUGGACCCGCAGGGGGAGGUGAUCACGCGGCAAGGGCGCGUGGAGGUGCUCAACGAUGAGGACUGCAGAGAGUUCCCGUGGCACCCCAAGCCCGUGCUGGAGCUCUCUGACUCCAACGCUGUGCAGCUCAACGAGGGCCCCUGCCUCGUCCUUUUUGUAGAUUCUGAGGAUGAUGGGGAGUCUGAAGCGGCCAAGCAGCUUAUCCAGCCCAUAGCCGAGAAGAUCAUUGCCAAGUACAAGGCCAAAGAGGAAGAGGCGCCACUUCUGUUCUUCGUGGCGGGGGAGGAUGACAUGACUGACUCCCUGCGAGAUUAUACCAACCUGCCUGAGGCUGCCCCUUUGCUCACCAUUCUGGACAUGUCAGCCCGGGCCAAGUACGUGAUGGACGUGGAGGAGAUCACCCCUGCCAUUGUGGAGGCCUUUGUGAAUGACUUCCUAGCAGAAAAGCUCAAACCCGAGCCCAUCUAGUGGGGCUCUGGCCUCAUGAGACGUUAUUUAAAACUCAGUCUUCUCCUCCUCCUCCCCUUCCUUCCCUUUGCCCUUGGACUUUUCCAGCGUGUUUUGAAUCACACAACUCAAGUGUCCAACCUCUCUGUGGUGCCUUGUUUUCUGCAUUAACUCCUCAGCUAGCACCUCAGGGUGCGCAUCCUCUCAGCAGCAGAAGAACCCACCGUGUUUGGAGACCCUGCUUGGGAUUCACGGGGCUGGCAUAACCCAGCCAGAAGUGGGACUGUGUCACUCAGUGACUAGCUCUUAGUGAAGCAUCCGCCAGGGUGUUCUCCUGCCAAGUUCACAUGAAGCAACAGGGCAUCGGGGCUUGGGCCCUGCCUCUGGGGUCAGCACGUGCUCGAGACAGCUCAGUGACACCUGUACGUGCAGGUGGAGCAGGGAAAGGGCCACGGCGGCGUUAGGCCUCAGCUUAGAGCUGCUGGUGAGAACAUCCUUUCCUAGUGACUUAGUCUGUUCAGUCUGAGGGAGAAACACCAGCUUGUCAGUCAGUUCUUGGGCAGUGGAUCUCCAGAUCUCAAAGGAAGCUUGCAUUCUCUUUUGGUGAGAAAAAGAGUAGCUACAGUAAUGAUUUAUAUAGUAAUUGCUUACUUUUAUUGAGCUCCUACCAUGUGAUAGGAGCUUCUCAUUCUUUCCUAGUAUCUUUCUUCCUUGAUCUUGACCUUCUCCAAGUUUCAUACGAACAGCCCCUACUAUCUUGGAAUUUUGUUGAUAAAUUCUCACCCUUGGACAUCUUCCCAAGAAGAUGCACUCAGCCCUGCCUUCUUAGAGGAGCAGACCUCUAACUUGGCCCAGCUUCGGGCCUGGGGCUGCAGCAGCUCUGCUGAGGUGCCUGUGCCCACCUUUGGUUACCCCUGUCGUUCCCUUUUCAUAGCAGAACUAAAAAGAGACAAGAAAUUACCAGAAGCCUAGCUUUUUGCUAAGAACCUGCAGAAAGAGCUGUGCCCUAGGGUGGGAGUGAGGGCAGAGGACACGUCAAUGAAGAGUAGGCCUUGGAUCCGCUUUGCUAGGUUCCGGUAGCUCAGCUCCUUAUUUGGGCUGAACUGACCACAAAAACAAAAACCACAACAGCUGCGUACUUAGGCUUUGGGUUGGAGGGCUUCGGCCUAGGGAUUCGCAGGGUGUUAGCCUCUCUCAGUCAGGCGUCAGGGUCUUGAAAUAAUCCCAGGCCUUACCCUUCACCCCACUCCCAGCUGUCUGCCAGUCAAGACCGUUUAUUUGGAAAACCCAGCCCCCAGUGAGCUGUUGACACUGUUGCUCCUUUGCCAAAUUGGAUUGUUGAUUUGUAGUUCAGAGGUACAACAUUAGUUGGUAAUUAGACUGUUCCUUGAUGUCACCAGCCUGAAAUGCAAUUGCCUAGUAGGAAAUAAAGCGGGCAUCUCUGGACGUUAUCAACCA